AUGGCGACAUUACGGGUUUCAGCAUUGUUCCUGUCACGGAGGUCGCUCUCCGUCUGUCGGCCGCGACUUCGACUGGGAGUUCGCUGCAGAGCAGGUUUGCGACCUUCAUUUCAGCCAAGUACCAUCGACUGCGCAAAGUCAUAUUCAACCGUCCCAAGUGCGCGACAGCGAUUGGCUCCAAUAGUCGAGCGCGGCGCUUCGAAAUUGUUCAAGGAUGCGGACGAGGCAGUCGCUGACCUGAAGAGCGGGUCUGUUAUUCUGAGUUCAGGGUUUGGCCUUUGCGGUGUUGCUGAAACCCUUAUCUCCGCUAUACAACGUCGAGGAUUAAAGAACCUGCACUCCUUAACCGCGAUUUCGAACAAUGCCGGCGCUCCUGGUAAAGGUGGACUUGCGACGCUCACGCAAGCGGGCCAGGUUAACAAGCUCAUCCUUUCAUACCUCGGCAACAACAAGCCUCUUGAGCAGAAGUACUUGACGGGAGAGAUUUCUAUUGAGCUGUGUCCGCAAGGCACGUUGGCGGAGCGGAUGCGUGCAGGAGGCGCUGGGAUCCCGGCCUUCUUCACUCCUACAGGAGCUCAUACCUUCCUCCAGGACGGAAGAAUUCCAGUUCGCAUGGACGCCUCCGGUAAGGUCGUGGAGCACGGAAAGCCCCGCGAGACUAGAGAAUUCAAUAACAAGACAUACUUGAUGGAAACCGCCAUCACAGGUGACGUCGCAAUUCUCCGUGCAUGGAAAGCGGACGAAGCUGGUAACUGUGUUUUCCGUUACACUACCAAGGCAUUUGGCCCAAUCAUGGCCAAAGCAGCAGACCUUACCAUUGUAGAAGCGGAAAACAUCGUCCCCGUCGGCUCAAUUAACCCCAACGACGUUGAUCUACCAGGAAUUUUUGUGAACAGGAUUGUUCCUGCUACCGACCCGAAGAACAUUGAGAUCAAGAAGCUGCGCUCGGCCAAUGAUGAGGGUGCGGUGAAAUCAGAAAAGAGUGCUGCUCUGGCUCAGAGGAAUAGAAUUGCCAAGAGAGCCGCGAAGGAGCUCAAGCAGGGGUACUAUGUUAACCUUGGUGUUGGUAUUCCCACACUAGCCCCAUCAUUCCUACCCGAGGAUGUCAAGGUCUGGGUUCAGUCAGAGAAUGGUCUUCUGGGAAUGGGACCGUACCCUACAGAGGAUGAAGUUGAUGCCGAUAUUAUCAACGCCGGAAAGGAAACCGUUACCCUCGUCGAUGGAGCCUCUACAUUUGAUAGCUCCGAGUCAUUCGGUAUGAUUCGGGGUGGACACGUCGAUGUGUCGAUUCUUGGGGCUCUGCAAGUCAGCGCAAAGGGUGACCUUGCCAACUACAUGAUCCCCGGAAAGGUCUUCAAGGGCAUGGGAGGCGCCAUGGACCUGAUUUCAAACCCCGAUCAAACCAAGAUUGUGGUGGCCACUAGUCACACGGCCAAGGAUGGCUCUCCAAAGGUCGUGGCCGAUUGCAGUCUGCCUUUGACCGGUGCGAACUGUGUUAGCACGAUCAUCACGGAUCUGUGCGUCUUCCAAGUUGACCGGACUCAAGGGGCGCUCCUUUUGACGGAGCUGGCCCCUGGUGUGGAAGUUGAGGAAGUCCGGAGCAAGACAGGUGCUGAGUUUACUGUGGCGGAUCGUUUGGAAGUUAUGGAAUAA